AUGUCUUAUAUUUUAGGAGAAAUGUUUGGUGAGAAUUUGGAAGAGAUGUCAGAAGCUCAGGUGGAGGUGGGGGUUGCCUUCCUCACUCAGACUGCAGCUGGGAUUCUGGGGAACUCCUGUCUCCUCUGUUUUUACAGCUACACCCUCCUCACUGGACAGAAGCUCCUGGUAAAUGUUUAUGUGCCUCUGAGAGUGAUUGGCCCAAGACACAAACAAAAUGUCACUCUGCACAUGCAUUAUAUAUACUGCUCCCCAGGCCCGUCAGAACCCUUUGCAACGUUAUUACAUGUCGUUUUAUUCAUUGCCAUUGAUGUUAUGUGCUUGGUUUUCAUGAUGUGGGCCAGUAGCUCCAUGGUCCUUUUCCUGCAGAGACACAAGCAGAGGGUCUGGUAUAUUCACAGCCACAUUCCCUCCCGAAGACCUGACCAUGAGGCCAGGGCCACACACACCAUCCUGACCUUGGUGAGCAUGUUCAUCUCUUUCUACUGCCUCUCUGCCAUUUUCACUCUUUGGCUUAGUCUAAGUAGGAAGCCAGGUCUCUGGCUGAUGGACACAUGUCAGUUCCUGGGUGCAGGUUUCUCAGUAUUGAGCCCCUAUGUGCUCAUCAGCAGAGACACCCGCCUCAUUCAGGUGUUUUAUGUCUGCAUUAAAUAA